AUGGAAGCAUUCGGUCUGAUCAGUAAAACUCUAAUGGAAGAACUGAAACGAAUCAAGAACCGCAACCUGCUACAAAACAAAAUCAAAGCGCAACCUAACCAAACCUCUCUGCCCCCUAUUUGUUCAUCGAUUUUAUCCCCUCCCAAAGUUCUGUCAAGGUUCAUUUCCGGCAAACGUUCAUUCAAGGGUUUACUCUUGAUAAACCCUAACAUCUUCAUCGUGGAUACUGGCUUUCUUUGGGCGAUUCUGGACCUUUCUUCCAAUAUCUGCAGCGCUUAUCUUCUAUUGAAGAAAUUAUAUUUUCCACAAAGAUGCCCUCACGAAUUGCACAAAUCCGACUCACGAGUUCACACCCUCAAGUCUACGAGCCAUGCGAUGACUCAUUCGCUUUGGUGGACGCGCUACAUCAACCCAAACGCCCUAAAAGUAACCCACGAGACCCUCCAAGCCCACGGGGUCCACGCCGAGUUGCUAACCACCAACAUUGCCGCCGGGCUCGACCGGAGGCUCGCGGGGAUGGUGGAUGUGAUGGUGGUGAACCCGCCGUACGUGCCGACACCCGAGGCGGAAGUGGGCGGUGAUGGGAUUGCUGCCGCCUGGGCUGGCGGUGAAAAUGGGCGGAGUGUUAUCGAUAAGAUUUUGCCGAUUGCUGAUAAGCUUUUGUCGGAAAAAGGGUGGUUGUAUAUGUUGUUUCUUGCUGCUAAUGAUCCGUUGCAAAUAUGUUUGGGAAUGAGGGAGAAAGGUUUUGCUUCAAAGAUUGUGGUUCAGAGAUCGACUGAAGAAGAAAGUUUACAUGUGAUUAAGUUUUGGAGGGAAUUUGAUGGAAAUGAAGGGGGUUCGUUGGGUAAAAUGGGGUCUCCUAGGGGGUGGGAGUUUUUGGUUUCUCAGUUUUCAAGGUUGUCGUUUCGGAAAUAA